AUGGUAGAAAGUAAAAAUUGUAUUGAUAAUUAAGCUCCAGAGGUAUUUCAAGGCUAUAAAAGAAUCAGUGUCUUAGGUUCUGGAACAUUUGGUAUCGUUUUUAAAUAUCAAAAGAAUGAUCAGAUAAUUUCUAUUAAAUUCUCAAAGCCAAAUAGCUAUAGUAAUGAUUGCUUAAAUGAAGCUAUCAUAAUGAGAAAGAUGACGGAAGAUGGACGUCAUGGUUUCUUCCCAAAAUAUAUUAAGAAUGGCUGUACAAAGGUUAAUGACAAAAUUGUAAAUUAUCUUAUGAUGGAAUACCUAGAUGAGUAAAUUAAUGCUAUUAAUGAUUCAUAAAAUUCAAAUCAAUUUGACUUCUAAGAUGGACUAGAUCAAAUUGGUCAAAAACUUUUUGUGAGCAUGAUAACUGUUGUUUAGUAGCUUCAUAAUUCAGGCUAUAUACACAGAGAUAUUAAACCAUCAAACUUUAUGAUGAAAGAUGGUAAAGUUUAUAUAAUUGACUUUGGAUUAUCAAAGCAGUAUUUGAAAGACGGAGUUCAUUGUGAUCAACUUGAACAGAUCUAAUAAUUAAAAGGGUCGCCAUUUUUUGCAUCAUUAAACUCACAUAAUUUAAUUGAUAUUUCAAGAAGAGAUGACCUUGAGUCUCUAGCCUACACAUUUCUUUACAUAAUAAAUCUAUUGCCUUGGAUCAUUUACUCUCUAGAAUUUAACUAAGAACCACCUUAUGAAAAUCUCAGACAAAUAUUCUUGAACUCUCAUGAUUAGAUUUCAAAUAAUAAGGAUGAGCAAAUGGCUUUGCUUGAAGUUACUAAUGAUUCUUAAAUUUCUCUGUUUCAAGAUUAAACUACAGAUAGCAGUGAAAGUUGUUUAAAUGAGAGAAAGAGUUUUAAUUAAAAGUUUUAAUAAAAUGAAAAUGAUUAGGCAAAAGAUUUAUAAUCAAUGAUGACUCCUUUCAUCUAAGAAUCAUGCUUGCUUGAUUAAAGUAAUAAUAGCACUGAAAUUAGUUAAUUGUAACUUCCAAAUUUUGAUGAAAGUAAUAAUAACGAAUUUUCAAUUUAAGAAAAUAAUCAAAAUGAAUACUUAGUCAUCAGAUAGCUUAAUUAGCAGAUUGAUAAUAUCGAGAUUUUGAUUGUAUCUGAUGAUUAUAAUUAGAUGACUGAGGAAGAGUUUGAAUUAACAAGAGUGGAGCUAUUCAAUAAACUUGAGUUAAUAAAAUCUUAGAGUAAUUAAAUGUAUCAAGAACUAAAGCAAAUAGUAAGUUUAUUCAAGAAGAAUCCAUCAGAUGAAUUCAUUUAACUUGAUGAGUAUCAGUCAGAAAAGACAUUGAAGAUUAUAGAUGAUAUCUACUCAAUUAUAAACUUUCAUAAAGAUAUCGAUAUUACAGUUAGACUUAGUUUAGAUUCUAUUUACAAAGAUUAUAAGAAUAUCGAAAUCACUAAAGAAAGUACUGUGCAGUUUAUGUCUGAAAUCUAUGGUUGGAAUAAUGGUUAAGAUAUGAUUUUAAAUGAAGAAGAAAGAAGUUAUGAGUUUCAAAUAAGUAGAUAAAUAUGGCAAGAUUUGGCUAACAAAUAAUUAAACAAACGUAAAAGAUGA